AUGCCACAUCAGAUUGUACCUUAUCGGCCGCUUGCAGAUGAUUAUAUCAAUAUUCAACCCCUAGCAUUUAUUUCAACAGGUAGUUUAGCCGAAACUUUAUUUUUACCAUUUAAAUCCAUUGAUAUAUCAAGCGAUAUUGAUCGAAUGUUUGAAUUUCCACAUAUAAUUGUUGUUGAUGAAAAUCAAUUAACUGUAGAUGAACAAGAAAAAUAUCAACAGUCAAAAACAAGCCUACUCUACAUUGAUUAUACAAAUGAAAAAUACCCGUGUUACGUUACACUCUAUUUUUACUCAUCAUUGAAUAGUUCACAUAAGGAAACAUUAGAACAGUUAUUAACACAUCCCGAGAAUAAAUUAAAUAUAAUUGAAUCAAAAGCACACAUCAUCAAAAAUAAACAAAAUUUUCCAUCAGCAGGCAUUGUUGAAUGGUUUCAAUUAAAUUGGAAUAAUACAACACAAGAUAAAAUUGAAAAACAUGGUCCAUCAGUAUGUGUACAAGCAGUUAAUGAUCCUAAACUACCAUUACCAAUGGAUCAUGUUCCAUCAUUAAGAUCACAUCAUUGGCCAAAAUCAGCAUUAACUUGGUCAACACGUCCGAGAUUAAGUGGUUGGCCGAAUCAACAAUUGAUUGAUAAAAUAAUUCAUUUUGGUUGUCAUCUCGUAGCUUUAGCACAUCCAUUAAGCGAUAAUUAUCGAAAUCAUGAAUGGCGACUGUCAUUUUCAGUUGGUGAAGUCUUAUUAGCACAUUCAUUAAAUGUUUAUCAACGAAAAUGUUAUUCAAUAAUGAAAGCUAUCUUUAAAGCUCAAAUUAAUAGCGAUUAUCCAAAUAUUAUUUGUAGUUAUUAUUUGAAAACUAUUUUCUAUUGGUUAUGUGAAAAAUACAAAGAAGAAACAUUCAAUUAUAAAUCAUUAUACGAUCGCUUUCUUGAUUAUAUAAAUUUAGUUAUAGAAUGUUUUCGGAAAAAGCGUAUAGAACACUAUUUUGUUUCUGGACAUAAUCUUAUUGAACAUCUAAAUGAAAACAUAUUAACAAAAAUUGUUAAUAAAUGUGAAGAAAUAAAAUUCAACAUACUAGAGACAAUUCAAAAAUGUGAAUAUUUUUAUCAUAAUACAAAUCAAUAUGAACGUUUUCGUCCAAUUACAGAUGAAUUAAAUCGAUCUACAAAUAAUGAUAAUUCGUGUAUUAUUCUUUAUUAUGCAUCAUUUAUUUAUGCAUUAGUAAUGCAAAAACAAAUUAUUGAUUACUCAUUAAUAAUGGUUAAUGAAUGUUUGGAACGAAAUUAUUUACAUGAUUGUUCCGAUGAUUCAGCUCGAUGUUUGAUUAAUGUAUUAUGCCAUUUAGCUGAUUUCAUCUCCGAAAAAAAUGAAUGUUCACCGGAAUUUCUCCAGGUAAACAAUUUUAUUAUGAAAGCAUGUGAAUUAAAAUCAUUUUAUGAUAAAGUAUAUCAGACAGCAACAGAAAAUUUUCAGGAAGUUAAAGAAAAACUAGAAAUAUUAAAUAAUUAA